GAACCCACCAACGGAUCCGCCAACACUACCCCCAACGAACCAGCCAACAUCAGCACCAAUCACUUCCGGCAUCUUGAAAUGGACCCUGGUUAAUGCCGCCCUGAACAGUGACAUCCGGCAAAUCUAUGACGGAGAGGUGAUUGAUCUAAGGAUUGAAGGACUCAACCUGAACUUACGCGUGGAUACAGUUCCAAAUGAUUUAGCGGAGGUACAAUUUUUCGUCAAUGAUAAUUUCUACCAGGAUCAAUUUUUCCGACCCUACUGUAUGGGCGAUGAUAAUUUGGGGGACUACCUCACAGACACCACCUUGGCCGCACUGGGGACUUACAGGAUCAGAGCAGAUCCCUACACUGGCGCCACAUGGGCAAUGGGCGGCACUUUAGGAACGUCCCAGCAAAUCACGGUGACCGUCAUUGACACUACUCGCUAAAAAAGGUUACUGUUGGUGCGCACUGCCUGUGAUUCCACAAAAGAAGCAUCGCAACGCUAGCUGGCCUAGGCUAUUCAAAUUCAUAAUAUAGACUACUGAUAGACCUUUACGCAACGGUCAGCUCAAGGCUGAGGCUGGGGUGACUGCUGUCUGUACUAGUGUUGCGCUGAUUCCCGUCAGAAUGCCGCUCCGUUGUGGCUACGCUCUCAUGCGUCAAUCGGGUCAAGCUUUGUGAGCUUUCAGGCAUGAACCUUCGGUGCCGAUUUCGAGGCGGUUGGUUCAGGGUUAUCAUCUCAAUCCAGGAUCAGAUAUCUACACGUACGAAGAAGAAAAAAAAACACUCAUCAUCUCCGGGCUAUCAUAAACGAAGGGCAUUUUUCAGAGCAAGCUGACUUGCACAAAACCGUCCAACCACCAUCCUUGGAGUUAUGUCAUGUCGAAUGUCGAGUUAUCCAUUUUCAGAUAAGACAACAUGUACUGGUAGCUUGUUGUCCCGUGUGAAUUGGAAGAUUUGGGAGUGACUCAGUCAUCUGGAACUCUAAACCGUGUUUGACUCUUAAAUCCUUCACCUCAGGAGAACUCACGUAUUUUUUGACAAGUGAAGUACUGGUACAUACUCGUAGCUAACUCUUGCUGGAUAAGGCAGUCGGAAAGCUUCCGCUUGCGGUCAUUUAUGUAUCUCCGGUGAAGUGGUAACAUGGUACAGUCUCACCUGACAACACCAAGAAUGCAGCCUACUAGUACCUGGAAGCAGCUCUACUAGUAGCUAGCUAGCAGCUAGCUAACUACACAGUCCAACCUAAACAGCCGGGCACUGGUGAUCAUUGGAUUCUCAUGAGCAUCUGCUCCAUUUCACUUCUGUUUCUACAGGCUGAACCUUCGUGUACCCCAGCAGAGCAGAGCACAACACAAGCCAGAGAAGAGAUUAUCAGGAGGAAGCAGCAAGAGCCAAACUCGUUCUUUUGCAUCAUCCCUGAAUAUCGAUAGUUUGAAUCACCAUGAGACCACAGCUGCAGAGAACUCCACGCCGCAUUGGCUUUGUUGUCGACGCUGACAACCAUGGCCCUGGUGUCCAUCAAUCCGACGAGAGAAGAGGCUCCAUGUCCGAGUUUUCGAGUCGAUUGAAUGCAAUGGAGGCAACAUUCCAAGAAGGGUCUGCGAUGCCCCCGGUACGCAAAAACAGCAUGACGGCACGUAGAAACAGCAUGAACGCCAGCAUGACGACUCCGUGCAGAGAACUGGUUGAGAUGAUUGACGAGUCAAUGAGAGAUCGGUCCCUGAAGGACCAAAGCAUGAAGCACCACAGCCGGAGGCGAGGAUCGUACUUGGAUUGGUCCAUGAAGGACAAGUCCAUGAUGCGAGAUAGCACGCAAUUCAGCUUUCAAGGACGAAGGGGAGGCUUCGGUCAUGACAUUGACGAAGUCAGCGACUCGCACGGAGACGAAUCUGCCACCACCGUGGAUCAAGCUGAGAAGCAAGAAACUAGACUCCGUCGCAUGCUCUGCUGGGCCAUUCUGGAAGCUUGCGGAUUCAUCUUUAUGGCAACCCUAUUGCAUAUGGGAAUCCGCAGACUCAUGCGAAAGUUUCGAGGCGGCAGUGAUGUGGAACUUGCUGCAGAUGUCCUCAAUGCAGAUGACUUGGUGGCUGUCACACGAGAAACAACAGCCGCCACAAGUACUUUGGCUGGAAACCAAACUGCCACGACCACGUUAGCUGCUCAAGGCCUGGCCCAACAAAUGGCUGUUUCUGGUGCACAGACAGCCGCAACAGCAACAGCGACGGGAAGUGCUAGUGCUGCCACCACGGUUGCGACAACUACUUCUACUUUUGUCGCACAAGCCACGGCCGCAGUUGCUUCAGCAUCAGCAACCACACAGGCAGCAGCAGCUGGGACAGCUGCAGUGGUCGUGACAGCUGCAGCUUCUACUGGAGCCAUUGUGAUGCAGAAUGCAACGAGCACUGCAGUCCAAAAUGCCACCAUGGAGGUUGUUUACCCAAGCAAUUGGACCAAUGGGACUGUGUAUAUGUCCAACUGGACGGAUUUGUUCAACGGUACAGCCAACGAAACUCAGAGCCAUUUGGCUGCCUUGUUUGAAGAUCAAGACACCCCCGCAUUCUGGUCGUGUGGCGACGAAUAUGACCUCAUCAUGGACCUCAAGGAAGCCGCAGUCUCUUUCGCAUUUCAAGGACUGCCAGAGGACUUCCUCACUGCCCACCAAGACAGUCUGGAGCACAUGUUUGUUGACGUUUACAACGAAAUUGUUGCUGGUUGCAACGGGGACGUCUUUCAGCGGAUUCUCCGGAAUGCUUCCAUCACCCGCGCUGAAGUUGUCGAAGAUGCUGGAAGCAUGUACAUGGAAUGGAGUACUCUGGUGACUUGUGUUGGCUGUCCAGACGAAGACCCGCUCUUUGCCGAUUCUGCCUCAUCGGUUAGAAAGCUGCAGAUGGAAGAAGAUUCUUUCUCGGACCUUAUCACAAACACGAUUCUACAGGAGUUUGAGGCUGAGUUCCUCGAGGGCAUCGUCGAAGGGUAUCCAUCGUUGAUGGAGAACCGAACUCUGCGAAUGACAUAUGGAGGCAUGGUUGCAAACAACAAGGACGGUCCAGGUUUCGACAUGGAUCAAGAAGGUUUGAUCGGGAACAGUCUGGAAGAACUCAAUUCCGCCGAGAAACCGACAGUGACCCCAUUCGAGCUGCCCACUGACGUGCCUUCCACUAAUUCUGAGCAGCCAACGAGUUCGGCAAGCCCAAGCAUUGCUCCCUCCGUCGAGCCCUCUGAAGACCCAACAUCUCCACCUCUGCAAGAAGAGUCUGGGGCCUCAACAGCUAGUCCGUCCCGGGACAGCUCUGAAGCUCCCAAGGUUACCGGCACCCCUACAUUUGCUUCGUCCGGCAGCCCUACACCGGAACCCACCCUGGAGCCAACUCUGAUGCCAAUCUUAGCUGCGCCGACGAGCUCUCGUUUGGAACUGGCAGCCACGCCUGGCCCUUCUCGACAAACAGACUAUAAUGGCGCGGCCGCCUUUGCAAUCAACAAUGUUGCCCCAACCGCCAAUCCUUCCACGAGUCAGUCGUAUUCCCCUAUCGAUGACAGCAGGUUGGCUGUCCAAGCGGAUGGGACAUUGUCUCCCACGAGCAAUGUGGUUGUGACACUGACGCCGUCCCUUGGGACUCACACAACAGCAGCACCGACACCUUCCCCCAACAGUGCUGUUCCCGCAACGCUCUCCACCAACACAGACGCUCCGACGUCCUCGGCAUUCUUCACCACAGAAUCACCGACAAUGGUGCUACCAACUACUUCGACUUUGUCUCCCACCUUGCCGUCUCCAAGUUUUACACAGAGUCCAGCCUCACCAACGAUGGUUCCAUCGGAAGCAACGCUAGAACCAACCCUAGAGCCCACCGACGAACCAACUCCAGAGCCAACCGACGAAUCAACUCUAGAGCUUACGCUUGUCGACACGAGCACAACAACGUUUGAUUCUGCUUCUGGAGCCAGUCAAGCUUCGUCCAACCCAACACCCAGUGAUCCAACGAUUUCGCCAUCGGCAACCCCAAGCAUUCACCCCUCAUUUUCAAGUGGAAUCCCGAGCAUGGCACCGUCCACAGUGCCGAGUGACACGCCAUCGCAUGCCAGUGACACGCCGAGCCAAGCGACAACAGCAACUCCGUCGCGGUUCGCAUCCUCUGCCCCUUCCGUGCCUCCCAGCAAACCGGACGCUUCACAUGCCCCCACUCCACUUUCAAGCGACACGCUCAGUGAUUCGCCAACAGGUCAGUCUUCAAGUUCACCAUCGUCAGCCUCAUCAGAGAAUCCGACCAUUUCAUCCGAAGGUCCCACGGACGUCUCAGCUCCUCCAUCGCUCUCGAGCAACACGCCCAUUCAAGAAACAACAUCAUUUCCAUCCCAGUCGCUCUCACGAACUCCUGAGCCUCCCUCGACUACAGUUCCGUCCAUAUCUCCUAGAAAGUCCUCUGUCUCGCCUUCAUUUUCGAGCGACACACCGAGCCAAACGCCAUCACUCGCACCUUCCUUCGUAUCAUCGUCGGCCUCUCCAUCGAAUGCACCAACCAGAGAUCCAACUAGGUCUCCGACAGGUUCCCCUUCUGCACCCCCCUCAAGUCUGGCAAGCUUGUGCGACUUUGGAAGUGUCGCUAAUACUCUCUUCAUUGGUUUUGGGAGUGAUGUCAGUGCAUUGACCAACGACGAAUUAAUUGUGGGUAUUGCAACUGCCUACGAUACUGUCCCAAAGUCAACUUGCUCUGCUGUCAUUUCGUCGAUUUCAGUAACCAGAAGAAUCUCCAGUAGAAGGUUUUUGGAGGGAACUCAAAUUGAAGUGAUCGUAACAGCGAACCAGGCAGAUUCGUUGCCCUUCUUGGGUGCUACCGAGGACCAGAAUAUGUUCGUCACAGCACUAGGAGAAGCCACUGGCGCUACGAUUGAUUUCCUUAGCGAAACAAUCUCAACACCAGCACCAUCGCCCGAACCUACAACGACACACCCAACAAGAACGCCAUCCCAAAAGCCCAGUGCACCCCCCACUCUGAGGCCAACUGGAACCCCAACCAGAGCACCCACAAACAGGCCCACCUCAUCUCCAACAAUUACUCCCACUGAUGGUCCAACUGGAAGUCCCACAAAACUUCCAACUCAAAGCCCGACCACAGCACCAUCUCCGAGUCCAUCGUCAAGUCAUCCAACCAAUAGUCCAACACCAGUUCCAUCUGAUAGCCCGACUUCGCCUUCUCCAACAAGCCAACCAACUGUCGUCCCCACAAUCCAACCAACUUCACAGCCAACAUCUGUUCCAACCAAUAGUCCAACACCAGUUCCAUCUGAUAGCCCGACUUCGCCUUCUCCAAUAAGCCAACGAACUGUCGUCCCCACAAUCCAACCAACUUCACAGCCAACAUCUGUUCCAACUCCUCGUCCUACAGGAAAUCCCACUGCUCAGCCAACAGAAGAUCCCACAGCUGAGCCAACUCCUCGUCCUGCUACGCAAGCCCCUUCCGUAUCUCCCACGACGCAAACUCCAACGACUCUAUCACCGACAGCAACACCUGGUGUUCCAACCGUCAAACCAACUCCAGCGCCCACACGAACUCCUUCUACUGAACCUACAGACAUGCCCACUGCCGAACCCACUCAUCGGCCAAGUGGCACCCCAACAAGGAGCCCCACCGAUACCCCAUCACGAGAUCCCACUGUGACCCCUACUCUUUUAAAGCCAAGUGGCAACCCAACUAAAAGACCUACAAUCAGCCCCACCAGCAUUCCCACAAAGGGGCCAACAUUGAAUCCAACUGAUGACCCAACGGGCAGUCCAACAGAAGUCUCAACUCAAGAGCCAACAUCAACACCGAUUGCCAACCCCACCACCUUGCCAACUGGAAGCCCGACUGCUGGGCCAAGUCCCUCUCCAAUUGCAGCCCCUACAACAAGUCCCAGCUAUCUUCCAACUCGAGCACCAACUGCUGGCCCAAGUCCUUCACCAACAAGUGGUCCGAGCCCCUUGCCAACAGCAAUGCCAACGAUGCAACCCACAGAACUGCCCACUGGAUCACCAAUAGCAAGCCCAACAAGUCGUCCCAAUGAACCUCCAUCCUUGGGCCCCACGCCUUUGCCUACACCUGACCCAACAAAUCACCCAUCGCACUCUCCGUCUCUACCCCCAAACGAGCCACCCACUCCACCACCUACUGAACCACCAACCCAAGUCCCUACUGACGUUCCCACUGGUUCACCCAACCAGUCUCCUUCUCUAACACCUUCAGAGACUUCAAGUGACAAUCCAACCGUUCAUCCCUCGGAAUCUCCUUCUGGAAUUCCUUCCUAUUCGCCAAGUCAUGGGCCAACAUUAACUCCAACGGACUCGCCAACAGUGGUGCCCACCGAGCAGCCAAGUAAACAGCCUUCAGAGUCUCCUUCGGUGGAUAGAAGUGAAGCUCCAAGUGGAACGCCAAGCAAAUCUCCUUCCCAUGCUCCAACCGAAUUGCCAAGUGGGACCCCAUCUGAAAGACCUUCCACAAUUCCUAGCAGUCGGCCAACAAACACACCCACAAUGUCCCCAUCUCAGUCUCCCACAGGAUCUCCAUCUCGGCCUCCCACAGGAGCCCCAACCAGUUCUCCAUCCCACAACCCCUCCAAUGCACCAUCCGGCGUUCCGUCACACAACCCUACUGCUGCACCGACUGACCCCAUUGGCAUCGUCACCGUCGACGGCAAUACGAUGCUCAGCGGAAACCUGGAAGCGUUUCGGACAAGCGCUGAUGUGAGUGACUACUACUACGGCGGCUGGAGCAGGUCUCAGGUGAAUACAGUGGAUGGUAUUGAAGAUGGUGGCGUCGAUGCAGUCACAUUUGCAUUUGUCCAAAACGGUGACGGCAUUCACUUGUUGGUUGUGUUGGACAAUGGGAAUAGUGACGAUGGAGGCCGUGUCAAGAUUCGAGUGAGCGGAAGCAACAUUGGUGGAAAGCUAUCCUUUUCGGAUGCAUUGCACGAGGCGAGCAACUACCCGAAUCAGCUGCGGUAUAACUGGGUCAGUGGAUUCUCGGAUGGAUUCUCGAUUGGUCCGUACCAGGCAGCGGACGAAGUCUGUGUGACCUUUUUCGAGAUUACUCGAGGUCUUGACAAUGGAGCUCGAUUUGUCAAUGGCAACCAUGCCGCUACUGGGCUUGUGGGAAGUGCAUCUGAUCUCGUCGACACACCUCUGUGCUUCACAAUUCCUUGGGUGUCCCCCGACCGAUUCCUCAACGUUGCAUUCCAUACAAUCCUCAACAACCAGACCCAGAGUAAUCAGACGUCACCGUAA